AUGCUGUACAGGGAAAGUGCUGUUGCGAGUUCGUAUCGAGUAUCAUCGGUAUCUUUCUCUGUUCCAGGUAACGACCGUGCCGGACGAGGGCGAAAACAGCUUUAAAAUGCCCAGGGCUUCCGUGGUACACAUGACGUCGACGGCGACGAGACCUCAGCACAUGUCGCAGGUGUUAGCUACCCUGGCGCUAUCGAUGGGGACGCUGUCCUCCGGCCUGGCGAAGGGUUACACGUCGCCGGCCUUGGACUCCAUUCUGGACAACCAACCCCUUCACCAUUACCAAUCUUCGAACAACACCUGGUCGGCUUUCUCGGUGACGCAACAAGAAGCAUCGUGGGUAGCGUCUCUGUCGAUGCUGGGCGCGUGGUUCGGCGCUAUGAUUGGCGACUGGAUAAUGAGAAGAGGGCGUCGAUUGGCGCUCCGCGCGACAUCGUUGCCUCUGGCUGCGGUUUGGAUCUUCACCGGGAUCGCGCAUAAUGUAGAACUGGUUUACGUCACCAGCUUCAUCGGAGGCCUUUGCUGUUCGGUCAUCACCAUGGUUGCCCAGGUGUACAUAUCAGAAAUCUCGAUGCCGGGUAUCAGAGGCUGCCUAUCGGCGAUGCUAAAGGUGCUCGGUCACGUCGGCGUGUUAUUGUCGUACAUAGCGGGCACGUACAUGAACUGGCGGCAAAGUGCGCUGCUGGUAGCAGUAGCGCCGUCGAUGCUCUUUUUGGGUACUCUCUUUAUACCCGAGACGCCUUCGUACCUCGUUCUGAAUGGCAAAGACGAUGAGGCUGCCAACAGUCUGCAGUGGCUGCGCGGCGAUCACGUCGAUAUACGACACGAACUCCAGGUGAUCAAGACGAACAUUCUGGCCUCGAGGGCGAAGCAGUACGAGCUGACGUUCAAGAACAGCAUGUUCACGCCGCGAUUGUACAAGCCAAUUGCCAUAACGUGCGGUCUGAUGUUCUUCCAAAGGUUUUCCGGGGCAAACGCGUUUAAUUACUACGCGGUCAUUAUAUUCCGACAGACACUGGGCGGCAUGAACCCUCACGGAGCGACCAUCGCGAUCGGGUUCGUGCAACUGUUGGCUUCUCUGCUAUCAGGAUUCCUGAUCGAUAUCGUGGGCCGACUGCCGCUUCUGAUAGCAAGCACCGUGUUCAUGUCAUUGGCGUUGGCAGGUUUCGGCAGCUAUGCCUACUAUAUGUCACAGACGCAAAAUCUGGGCAAUCCAGACAACGCGGUUGUCGGCCAGCACGACUGGAUACCGUUGCUCUGCGUGCUCGUCUUCACGACAGCUCUGGCUCUGGGCAUAUCGCCAAUUUCGUGGUUAUUGAUUGGCGAGCUCUUCCCCCUGGAGUAUCGCGGCCUCGGUUCGAGCAUCAGCACCAGCUUUAGCUACUUCUGCGCGUUCGUUGGGAUUAAACUCUUCAUGGACUUUCAGCAGACGUUCGGGCUGCACGGGGCCUUUUGGUUCUACGCGGCAGUGGCGGUGUGCGGCUUGUGUUUCGUGGUCUGUUGCGUCCCAGAAACGAAAGGGAAACAACUGGACGAGAUGAACCCAGAGUACGCGCAAGCUCGGUAGUAUAAGGCCUCGCUGACAGGAGGCCUGUCGAAUCUGGAGAAGACCAACAAGCCCCUACCAGGGGGGGCUUAUCCCAAUCAACACGAUCCACGGGAUCUGUACAACGCAAAUCCAGGUAUCGACGUUCCGACCACGUCCUGUCAGACGUCAGACAACAGAUGCAGUCAUCGAAAGUUAUCGGACUACUGCAACAUCUUCGCGGAAAAGACGAACAGGAUAGGGAGGAACGUCGAGAGCUUCAUACAUUCCCGUGGAUUCUUCACGGGUCGUCGUUCCACCGACGAGAGUUCCAGAAGCAACUUGACGACCCACAGAAGCAACGGUGACGUGAUCAGAGCCGAUUAUCGGUUACCCGGUCGACCGAUAGAAAGGAACGAGGCUCGCCAGGAGAAUCGUCAGCGUUGCGGACGAACCGAGAGGAGCCAUCGUGAACGAUACUCGAACGUUUAUCCGCAAGAGAGGAUCGUUGACGCGAGUCGCGUCGAUCGCGAUGCGGAGAUGCUACCCAGAAGAGACAGAAGGCGCGAUUACGCGGCUACGUACGAAGACAGGCAC